AGCACACCCUCAUUCAAAGCCCACCUCGCAAAAUUCCAAUAUGGCUCCCCAUCACCAUCCACCAACCCCUCCUCUCCAACCUCAGCCCGCCUCUCACGCACCAUGAAACGCUCCAUCUCAUCCACCGACAUCACCACAACCUCAACCACAACCCCAACCCGCAACCCCCGCCCGAGCAAGAAGAAGCGCAAACCCUCCAGCAAAUACGCCCCCCCCUCACUCUACUCCCACCUCACCCCCCUCACCGACAUCCUCGCCCCAGACCUCAUCUGCAUCUGCGUCGGCACAAACCCGGGCGUGCAAACCGCCACCGCGGGGCACGCGUACGCGCACCCGUCAAACCACUUCUGGAAGCUGCUCCACGCUUCCGGUAUGACGCCGGACCGGCGGCUGCGGCCGGAGGAAGACAGGACGUUGCCGGCGCGGUACGGGAUCGGGAACACGAAUAUCGUGGAUAGGCCGUCGCGGGACGCGGGGGAGCUUUCGAGGGAGGAGAUGGUGGAGGGGGCGGGCGUGCUGGAUGAGAAGGUGGGGGUUUGGAGGCCAGAGGCGGUGUUGAUUGUGGGCAAGGGGAUUUGGGAGGCGGUUUGGAGGUGGAGGGUUGGGAGGGGGAUGAGGAGGGGGGAGUUUAGGUAUGGGUGGCAGGAUGUGAGGUUUAAUAUGGGGAGGGGGAAGGUGGAGGGUGGUGGUGAGGAGGAGGUUGGAGGCGAUGGGAAAGGAUGGGAUGGGGCGAGGGUGUAUGUUACGACGUCUACGAGUGGGCUGGCGGCGAAUCUGAAGCCUGCUGAGAAGGAGGCCAUUUGGAAGCCAUUUGGAGACUGGGUGCAGCAGAGACGGGCAGACCGAGGGUUCAAACCUAGA